UGUUCUACACUUCUCACUUCAAAUAAAUUCAUUGCGUCUUGGAUUCAAUCAUAUACUACUGGUUGAUGAACCUUUUUAUCUCAUCAACAGUUUCUGCUUAUGUGAAUUGGAGCUUUAUAAAAAAAAGUGGUGUUGCCCCACUUUUGCAUCCAACAUGAGAAGAUUUUCCUCCAUAAAUACCCUUUGGUAACGUGUGUCUUCCACACUUUCUCCACACACCUUCUUCACCUUCAUAAUCAUAAUUAUCAUUUUCUAAUCAUCUUCUCCUCAAUUCUCAUGGCAUCACUCAACAACAACCAAGCCAAAUUUGAUCUUGAACAACAAUCCUCAACAAUAACAACAUUAGAAGUUGAAACAAAAGAUUUUGACUAUUCAAAAAGAUCACAAUGGCUACGCGCCGCAGUCUUAGGCGCUAACGAUGGAUUAGUCUCUACAGCGUCGCUGAUGAUGGGAGUUGGCGCGGUCAAACAAGAUAUCAAAGCUAUGAUCUUAACCGGUUUUGCCGGGUUGGUAGCCGGUGCAUGUAGCAUGGCUAUAGGUGAGUUUGUUUCGGUUUACUCGCAAUUGGAUAUCGAAGUUGCUCAAAUGAAAAGAGAGAAAGAAAGAGGAAGAGAAGUUGGUGAUGGUGAAGAGAAAGAAAGUUUGCCUAAUCCUUUACAAGCUGCAGCUGCUUCAGCUUUAGCUUUUUCUAUUGGUGCAAUGGUGCCAUUGCUUGCAGCUUUUUUUAUAAGUGAUUAUAAGGUGAGAGUUGGUGCUGUUGUGGCUGCAGUAAGUUUUGCUUUGGUUGUUUUUGGUUGGUUUGGGGCUGUGUUGGGUAAGGCUCCAAUUUUUAGGUCUAUUUUAAGGGUUUUGAUUGGUGGUUGGGUUGCUAUGUCCAUUACUUUUGGCCUUACCAAGUUAAUCGGGACAAGUGGUCUUUAGGUUUUCUUGAAACUAUUUUGUUAAAAACCGUCGUAUUUCGAACAGAUAAAGACACAUAUUUUAUCUGGAUUUCGAAACAAUAAAAAAAUAUAGAUUUUAUCUGAAUUUAAAUAUUUUCAGAUAAAAAUUGCUUCUUUUUAUAAAAAAUUCCGCCAUUAAAGAAUAUGUGAGAUAGGAAAAGAAGUUUGUUAAUUUUUUUUUUGUAAAGUGUGUUUUGCAAGUAUAUGUAAAAUGUUAUUUAUGGUUUAUUAGUUGAAGAAAUUAGUUUGGGUAGUUAGUAUUGAAAGAGGUUAUAAGAUGUUUUAUAGCCUCUAUAAUUUGUAUAGAUGAAUAUUCUUAUUCAUAUGUGUUAUAAUUUAUGAAGUAUGAAGUUUAUCAUUUCAGAA